UAUACCCUGUGUGUACUGUACAUAGAAAAUCUUUGUUGAUGAAAGAAAGACCUGUUAAAUGUGCCACAAGGAAGCAACUUUGAAAUUUACCAAAUGCAACAUUCUUACACUGCCUUUAAUGUCAAAGGCGUGUAAGAUUUCCUUGUGAGAUCACCAACAGGCCUAGCUUUUGUCGUAUUUUGUGGCUGAAAAAGCAGCCUUUGCUCUUUCAGAAAUUGUAGUUAUUUGGAUGUAAAAUAGUUUAGCGAGAUGUUACUUUUUUAAGACAUCAAAUGUUCCAAAAAGUACAUCAGCAACUUGUACUAAAUACUGCAGUGUCCCUUUUUUUUAGUCAAGCUUCUACUAAAUGUACAGUGAAGCUUGAUGUUUGGAUAUUUGGAAACAUUUUCAUAAAUUAUAGCAUUUAGCAUAUCAUUUGUAGUUUUUAGCUUUUUAGGUAAAUGGUAUGUUCUCAUUAGUGCAUUUUCAUUGCUGAGCCACAGUGCAUCAGCUUUCUUUAAAACAGGUCAUAUAACUAGUAGAGUGCUGUGCAAAUUAUUUUGUGGUAUGUUUUUAUAAUUUUUCUUAAGCACCUUGAUAAAUGAGUGGUUUAAAAUGAAAUAAAAACAUUUUUCCACUAAACAAUCCUAAAGGGAUACUGCAGUUGACCUACACACUCAUUAGGCACCACAAUAGCUUAUCAAAACUGUUACUCCAUAAUAGUGUCAUACACUUAAUUUCCCCAGUAUAUGAAAAACACAGAAUAAAUAGAUGUCAUCUGUUCAAUAUGCUCAUGACAAACAAACAAUCAUUUUGCAUUCCUGCAAAUAAAAUUGUUUUAUACUGUAAGCUGGAGGCGAGUGUAACUUAUUUUUGUAAUAAAGGUUUUUAUUUUUAUUUUUAAGUGUCAUUAAUAUAAGUGUCUGUUUAGUACAAAGAUUGUUUUGAUUUAUAGUCUCAUUGCAGUAUGUUUACUUGUACUGGACAUUUACUUUUAGCAUAGUGGUUGCCAAUAAGUUUGUAUGUUUCACAUUUAAUUGAACGUUUGCUAUCCCAAAUAAAUCAUUGGUUUGAUAAGUUCUGAGAUUGCCAUGACUUAACCCAUCAAACUUCUCUUUAGCCUGCUUAGCUAUGCUAAUAUACGAAGAUUUACUUUCUUCUAGAACAUUUUACCCCACACGUUUUUAACUGAAUUUUAAUUUGGCGUUGCAAACCAUUGCUUGUAGCACAUUUAUUCUUUAUUACUAUUAUAUAGUAUUAAAUUGAAAGUUCUUAAUUACUGAACAUUCUCCUUCUGAUAUAGUUUACACAACAUAUGCAUGAGUAGUGUUGGUUUCAGUGGUUCCAUUUUCAAGCAUGCUUCAGAGAUGUAUUGACAUUGUACUUGAGGCUUUAAUCACCUGUUUUUGAGAUGGAGUUACAAGAACCCAGCCUUUUCCCUUGAUAUUGAUGCACAAAAAUGACUCCAUACCCUAGAUGCUUGCUUACCCUCUGUGAAAUCCCUUUGAUGUUAAUUACAGCAAAUCUUUUGCAAUAUUAGAAGAAAUUGCCAAAAUUAAUAAUUAACAUUUUAUUGCCUGCUACUUACUGCAAGAAAAAGUUCAAGAUGCUGGAAAGCAGGUUGAUCUUUUUUAAGGACUUCAAUUACUGAAUCAUCUUUACCCUCAUUACGUUCUUCCAAACAUGUUUAGGUCUGAUUUUGAAAAAUGUUCCUUGUUCCCUCUUCUAACCAGUUGUGCUACAAAUAAAUUACUCUAUUUAAGACUCAAUAGUUAACUCAUAGGGAGCCAGAUGCUUGUUUUUUUCAGUUUUGUGCUUGCCAGCUGUCCCAUUUGUUCAUUCUUGCACAUUAUACCAAACUACUUCAUAUUAGUUAUAAUUCAUCACACAAAUGUCAUAUUCUUUAGCAUUAUCCAGUAUUUUGAAAUUGUACAAAUGUUAUUUGCCUAAAUCCACCACUACCUUAACAACCAAACGUCUGAAUCUUUUUAUUUAGCAUUUUUGCUAUUAGGUAUUCCUGUUGAAUAUCAAGCUGUGAAAAGGUUCAGACACUGAAAGAUUGUCUUGGGAAAAAAAUAGUACAACUUUCUUCCACCAAAAUUCUGAAUCUGAACUUCUAUUCCAGUGAAGCAUUUUUUUAAAAUCUACAUAUGUACACCUAAACAAUGGCUAGGCAGAAUUUAACUGGAUUACAAGUUUAUAAAUCUUUAAAGAUUUUUACAGCUUUCUGCCAGUGAGGGUGUAGAUGUUUAUAACAUUCAUUUGGGUUUGGGAUUGCACCAGUGAUUUGCAUUAUACUGGCUUUGGAUUUUCCAGACAUAUUUUUAAAUGUAUAUAAAUAAAGUGAUUUACAAAAACACAAA